ACACGCACGUCAUCUGUAAUCUCCAGAGAUUUUGACUGAUACCAUGAGCUCUGAAGCAGAUGAAUCUAAGGAAGCAGGCUGCCGAAGAAGGGUCAGAGCUCUCUUGCCAGAAGUCUGAACUGUUGGCCACAGAUGUCUUCAAUUCCAAAAGUUUGGCCAUUCAGGUCCAAAAGAAAAUUCUGGGCAAAAUGGCCUCCAAAUCAAUAGCAACUGCUUUGAUAGAUGACACUAGCAGUGAUGUGUUGGAUGAACUCUACAGAGUGACAAAAGAAUACAUACAAAACAAGAAGGAAUCAGAGAAGAUAAUCAAGAAUCUCAUUAAAACUGUUAUCAAGUUAGCAAUCCUCUACAGAAAUAACCAGUUCAAUCAGGAAGAGAUCAUACUUAUGGAGAAGUUCAAGAAGAAGGUGCACCAGCUGGCUAAAACCGUGGUGAGCUUCCAUCAAGUGGAUUAUACCUUUGACAGAAUUUUUUUGUCAAAACUAUUGAAUGAUUGCAGAGACCUGCUUCAUCAAAUCAUUCAGCGCCACCUAACUGCAAAAUCUCAUGGACGUGUCAAUAAUGUGUUUGAUCACUUCUCAGAUUGUGAAUUUUUGGCUGCCUUGUACAAUCCAUUUGGCUCUUACAAGACUCACUUGCAGAGACUCUGUGAUGGUGUCAACAAAAUGCUAGAUGAUGGGAAUAUAUAAGUAACUGCAUCCAUAUUGACUGACUGUAUAUUCAUAGGCUAAGGACUACUGAUGAUCUCAUUGAUACAAUGAAGGAAUUAAGAAAGGCUUAAAAAAUCAGGUGAUACGGGAGAUGUUUGCUGUUAAACAGAUGCUUAGAAAAUUCUGCAGUUUUGUAGUACUUUGCUUUAAACUGUGGAGCAAUUAAGCCACGAAACAGGACUACUCAAGUGAAGUCUGGCUUUACAUAAUAGGCAGGGAAAUGUUUGAGCUAGGUAAUUAAAGUGCAUAUUUCAAUAUGUAGAAUAAUAUUUAUAAAUCCACCAAAUGAUCAGUAUUUUUAUAUUCAGGAAACAUGACUAUAGCACACAUAAGAUAACUGGAAAUUUAAAGGAACCUCUGAAAUUCACUUAGAGCCAUAUAUGCUAUACAUGAACACUUGGGUCAUUUGGCUUAGCUAUACUGUUAAAGCAAUUUCUGUUAGUUCACAUGGGGGAAAGUAAGGAAGCAGAUAAUCAUCUCUGAAAGGUUUGAGACUACAGCCAGGCUCAUUUGAACACACUUCUUUGGCUUGAACUGACACCUCCACAAUCCUAUAUUGAUAGCACCACUUCUUCAAGGUACUGCUCUGUGCUUAUUCUUUGCUUCCCAUGCGAAUGUGGUUUUCCCAGGCAAGCCCAUUCCAGUCGCGCACCAAACACAAAGCAUGCACCCCACGGAAUUGUCCUGAGGCUGUCUCCUGUGAACCUGCUCUUAAUCAUCUGCGUCUUUGUUAGGUUUCUUCAGCUGUAGCACAGUGGCUUUGCAUUACUUAGCAGACAGUAUGGAUUUGAGUCUAUUACUGCAGGUAAUUACAAUAGCAAUAGUGUAAAGUGUGGCUGUAAAAACUGUAUAUUAGUAGUAAAUGAUCAAAGGAAGCUCCUAUAUACAUUUCCCCAUCCCUGCUAGUACCUUUUUUACAUGAAACAAUUAAGCUUGAUCAAACAUUAAUUUCAGUAUGAAGGGUUUUGUUUUGAUAUGUUGGUAACUUGUAGGUGACCUCUUCCCAUUUGAAAUCCCCCAGUCUCAUGUGCAUAUUAAAAAUGCUUCCCACUGAAUUCUGUAGAAUGCAAGUCCUCGAAGAAAAGACCGAAAUAACAUUUAUGCACAGUCUGUAUGUGAUGCACAUAUUCAUCUGGAUUGAGGUGAUAAACUACAGUAAUCCCUGGAGAAAGAUUUAGGUUGUUAAUGGGUAAAUUUAGAAACUGUAAGCAGGAAUUUGUAUACAUUGUCUCUAAACAGAAACUGAUGUAUGUAUAACCUAAUGUAUAGCAAAUAUGGGGAAAAAAAUCUUGUACCUGCAGAGGCAUAAGAUUAUUUUAUUUUUUUAUAAUCAGGUGAAAUAGGGAUAUUUCAAACAAAUAUGCUGAAAAUGUAAUUCUUUUUUACUUUAUGCAACUGAGAAUAACUGGUGAAGUUGAUGAUAAAGACCUGUGCUGUUUAUUUGCCAGAUUUGUCAAUGCUUUAAUGAGUAAACAAAAGAAAUGUUUGCACUCUAAGUUUUAUGCAUUAUUUUCUGUUGUACAAAAAAUCCAAAAAUGGAAUUUGGGCAAAUUUAAAAAGCCAAACUUGUUUUUGCCCCUGCUAGACAAGUCUCUAUUGGUUGGAAUACAGUAUUUCCGCUAUGCGUGGUUACUUUUCCAUAUGCUUUUGCAGAAUAUGUGAUAUAUGUUUUGCCAGAAGAAAUGAAAUUUCCCUUUUUAUCCCCUUAGGGUGGCCUGAGUUAGUUUUCUUGGAGCAGUUCCUAAUAGAACUAUGUUAAAAAUUCAAAUACUAUCACACCAUGAGGAAUGUGUGACUGCUUUGUCAUCUAAGUGAUUCGGAAUGGAUUGCAUUUUUGAAAGACUAUUCUAUGAUUUGGGUUUCUGAUAAAAGUGUCUAAAGCCCUGCCAGCAAAAGGCAAGCAGAGCAGAGGCAAUUUCUUCUUGGGUUCCUCCUGUGUAGAAAGUCUUUCCAGCUAGCUUGCCUUCUGAAUCCAUCUAGCUGACUUACCUGUUGUGGCCUGUGACAGAGAACCUGAAUUAUCCUGCAGACAGAUGCUUCUUCCCUCUCACCACCUUUCAACAUUUUUGCCCUCCCAAGCUAUUCUUGGGUCCUUGGGAGGGUGGUCUCAGUGGUGUCCUCUGGCAGACAACCCACCCUGGGCUUUCUAGGGAGCACAGUCCAAUCUUGGAACCUCCUUCUCAGCAUCUGAGCAGUGUGAUCUCAGAAGUGGGAAUGCACCAUAUUCUGUCAGCCCUGAGAUGCUCUCUCAGGGACCAGAGGAUUACUCUGCUUGUCUUCGACGCUACAGAUGGCCUAGAUAGGUUCAGUUGCACUCAAUGGGAUGAUUUCUGAGCUAUAUAGUAGGAUUAUACUUUACUUUUAUCUGCAAUAAAGCUAUAAUAGAAUAUCUUAAGUAAAGUAUACCAUAAAUCAGCAACUGUCUAGCAGGAAAGAUUUGCUGCCUAAAUUACUAAGGAAAUGCUGUUAUUUCUGGCUACUUUUUGAUAUUUGUGUACUUUUUAAAAAAUCUCUAAAAUGUGCAGGCAUAGAUAUCAUAGAAGACUUUGCAAUAAACCAAUCUACCACAACA